UGGGUUCUCACGGAAUCCCUUUACGCACAUAGCUCGCAAGGUUUUUUCCCAACACCAAUCCACUCUUCCCCUCCUUUUUUUCUCCACUCCCCUCUACUGUCCCCACCCCAGAUUCCCGUGCAAUUUUCCCCAAUCCCAAACACUUAAUUGAGCAAUUGGGAUUCCUCACGUGUGGGCUGAUUUGUAGUUUGAACACGUGGCUCAUUCAAAAAGCCGGAAUAGCAGAGGAUUUUUUUCUCCCCCUUCUUCUUCUUCUUCUUAUUCUAGGCUGUAGACUUAGAGGCGGGCGCCAGCCUUACCGUGUGUGACAUUCUCUGUCUCUUUGCCAAGGGGUUUGGAGGAAGACACAAAGUAGUUUCUCCUCCUUUUCACCCAGCCCGCCAUCGUUUGGAGACACGAGAUUAAUAAUUGAGCAUUUAUUUAUUGCGCGAUAGAGACAGAGGGGCGAGGGAGCGCAAACGCACUGUGAGGCUGCCAGUUUAAAUCUAUCUGUGGCUUGAACGACCGGGAAGCACGCCACAGCCACUCCGUAGUAGUAAAGGCGAUUUAGGCUACUCCAAACACUGCACAUCCGUGAGAGCAAAUAACUAUCUCUCCCUCAGCGUAAAGAUUGUCCCUUUUCGGCGCAGAACAUGAAUAAGCUAUACAUUGGCAACGUGAGCGCAGAAGCGAGCGAGGAGGACUUCGAAACUAUCUUUGAGCAGUGGAAGAUUCCGCACAGUGGUCCAUUUCUUGUCAAAACUGGCUAUGCGUUUGUGGAUUGCCCGGACGAGAAGGCUGCAAUGAAGGCCAUCGAUGUUCUUUCAGGUAAAGUUGAACUUCAUGGGAAACUUCUCGAAGUGGAGCACUCGGUCCCUAAACGUCAAAGGAGCUGUAAGCUGCAGAUCAGGAACAUCCCGCCUCAUAUGCAGUGGGAGGUUUUGGAUAGUAUGCUUGCUCAGUAUGGUGCAGUAGAGAGCUGUGAACAAGUUAACACUGACACAGAGACUGCAGUAGUCAAUGUUCGAUAUGCAGCCAAGGACCAGGCCAGGCUGGCGAUGGAGAAGCUGAAUGGAUCUAUGAUGGAGAACUAUGCCUUGAAAGUGUCCUAUAUCCCAGAUGAGCAGGCCGCACCAGAGGGUCCUUCACCGAGCGGCAGGAGAGGCUUUAAUGCACGCGGACCCCCUCGUUCCAGCUCUCCAGGUCUGGGUGCUCGGCCCAAAGUGCAGUCGGACAUCCCGCUGCGUGUGUUGGUCCCAACGCAGUUUGUCGGCGCGAUUAUCGGCAAGGAGGGCGCCACUAUCCGCAACAUCACCAAACAGACCCACUCAAAGAUUGACAUUCAUAGGAAAGAAAAUGCAGGCGCAGCAGAAAAGCCCAUCACAAUUCACUCCACACCUGAGGGUUGUUCGAACGCUUGUAGAACCAUCAUGGAAAUCAUGCAGAAGGAAGCCCUUGACACAAAGUUUACUGAGGAGAUCCCACUCAAGCUCCUUGUACACAACAACUUUGUAGGAAGAUUAAUUGGGAAGGAAGGACGCAACCUCAAGAAAAUUGAGCAGGACACAGGGACCAAAAUCACAAUCUCACCUCUCCAGGACCUGACCCUGUACAACCCAGAGCGGACCAUCACAGUGAAGGGCCCCAUCGAGGCAUGCUCAAGGGCUGAAGAGGAGGUGAUGAAGAAGACCAGGGAAUCGUAUGAGAGCGACAUGGCUGCUAUGAAUCUCCAGUCCAACCUGAUUCCAGGCUUGAAUCUAAACGCUUUGGGUUUGUUCCCCAGUGGAGCACCAGGCAUGGGUCCCUCCAUGUCCAGUGUCCCACCUCCUGGGGCCCAUGGUGGAUGCUCAUCAUUUGGAUGCAGUCCUUAUGGGGGUGAGGGGCCGUUUUGGGCUUCUAUGUCGUCGGCGAGCAGCCAGCCCCUUGCUCAGGGACACCCAGAGUCAGAGACGGUUCACCUGUUCAUUCCAGCGCUUGCGGUGGGAGCCAUCAUCGGAAAACAGGGUCAACACAUCAAACAGCUGUCACACUUUGCUGGAGCCUCAAUCAAGAUUGCCCCUGCAGAAGGAAUGGAUGCCAAACAGAGGAUGGUCAUCAUUGUCGGACCGCCAGAGGCUCAGUUUAAGGCUCAGUGUCGCAUCUUUGGCAAGCUGAAGGAAGAGAAUUUCUUUGGACCUAAGGAAGAGGUGAAGCUGGAGGCUCACAUCAAGGUUCCCUCCUUUGCUGCUGGACGAGUCAUCGGAAAGGGUGGAAAAACUGUGAAUGAGCUGCAGAACUUGACGUGUGCAGAAGUGGUGGUGCCUAGGGACCAGACGCCUGACGAGAAUGACCAGGUCAUAGUCAAGAUUAGCGGACACUUCUUUGCAUGCCAGCUUGCCCAGAGAAAGAUUCAGGAGAUUCUGGCCCAGGUGAGGAGGCAGCAGCAACCCAAGCCCGCAUCUGGGACCCAACCUCCACUGCCCCGCAGGAAGUAAAAGGUCCAGUGGACCUGGAGGAAUGGUGACUGAAUCUGCCAGAAGACUCGACAGAUGGACAGAUGCAGCAGAGUCCAGGGGGAGAAGACAAGGGGUCGUCAUGCUUAUCUCAGGGGUCAAAGGUUAAGGUUAUCACCAACCAAACAUCCACCCCUCCUUGUCUAACUUGAUGAACUUUCAAGUGUGGCUAAUAAGAGACAGUAUGCCUCUUAACCUCCACCCACCUCACCUCUCUGCAUCUCUGUGAGAAUGUACUUCUAAGGGCUCCCAACAACGUCACCUGCCCUCACAUGUACGCACCCCUCGACCGCUCUCCUCCUCCCCCCACGGGUGUGUUUAAAAAGAAAAAAAAAAUUAUAAUAAUAAUAAUUUUUCCUUUUUUUUUUUUUUUUUUUUUUUUUAAAACA